GCUGACACCGCGGCGCGCGCCGCCCGCAUCCACAACGUUAUUUAUUUUAUUACAUUUGUUACACGUGUUUCAUUUCGCGUACUUUCGGACGGCGGUUGAUAUUCGCGUCAUGUGCACAAAAUUGUGAUUUCGGACCCUAAACAAAAUGGAACACCGUGAACCUAUUUCGUCAAACAAAAACAAUUUUCGGCAAAAUUUCUUGUAAACCGCAAAACUAAACGCAGUUCAAACUAGGUUCUUUUAUUCGGUUUCUUGAUUUGUUCGUUUAUUAUUUUCGUCACAAACUAAUGCAGUUAAAACGGUUUAAGUUGAUUAUAUUUGAGUUUUUUUCGUUUCCAAUGAAACUAUAACAUACUCGAAGAAACAGUAGACCGACAGACGGAUAGAAGUAAAGAGAACGAAGCAGAAGUAAGAUGGCGCUUGCAUCUUCUGUGAGCCUGUACUACUCAAUCGUGCAGCGGGCGGCGAGGCACUACCUAGAAGAUUAUUGUCACACAGAUACGACAGCGCCUUAUGUGCUAUAUAAGGAUGGAGUGGAACGCGCUCCGCCUGGUACGCAAUGGGGUGGCGCUGUUUUGGACGGAGGCUAUCAAGCCAUGCAACAUCAGAGCCCUGGUGGACCCUCACCACAGCCCGAGCCACAACUCGCCUCUCCAGCCCCUUCACCCUAUCCUCCCGCACCACCGCCUCCAGAUCAAUCGGCGGAUGAGGCUGCUCAGCAACUUGCCCAGCAACAAGCUCAACAACAAGCCCAACAACAGGCUCAGCAACAACAAACAUCACCAGAUCAUUUGCAAGUCGAUCAACAGCUGCAAAAUCAACCACAACCUACGGCGCAAGAUCAUCUCGACAGAACUCCUUGCUUCGUUCCACAGCCGGACUUACAACAACAAUACGCCACGCCCUACUUCAAAGAAACGAGGCCGACUAGUCACAUGCUUGGCACCGGUGGAUUCCCGUUGCAUUACUUAAAACAAAACGGCGGAGUUCUUUCACUAGAGGGCCCGCUGGAUCAGUAUGCAACGCCAGAUUUACGACAUUUACCAGACAUCGUACAACCGGAGCCACCCAAGCCUCGGAAACACAACCCCAACUCUGAACUUCGUCUUUUCAAGUGCCUGACCUGCGGCAAAGACUUCAAGCAAAAAUCAACAUUGCUACAGCACGAGCGGAUCCACACGGACUCGAGGCCUUACGGAUGCCCGGAGUGCGGAAAGCGGUUUCGUCAGCAGUCCCACCUGACGCAGCACCUGCGCAUCCACGCGAACGAGAAACCGUACGCGUGUGUGUACUGCCCGCGCUCGUUCCGGCAGCGCGCCAUCCUCAACCAGCACCUGCGCAUCCAUUCCGGUGAGAAGCCAUAUACGUGCGGCGAGUGCGGCAAACAUUUCCGCCAGAAGGCCAUCCUGAACCAGCACGUCCGCACACACCAAGACGUUUCACCGCACCUAAUCUUCAAGAACGGGACGACGCCGACGUUGUGGCCUCAAGAUGUUCCGUUCCCUCCUGAUGAGAACAAGGAGGAAGUGCAGUCGACCUAUGGAGACACGGAUGGGCAGAAUGGUGAACAACGAGGAUCUUGCUUCUCGCCAGGUGAUACGGCACAAUACCCCGCUUACUUCAAAGAUACUAAGGGCCUUAACCAUGCCGUCUUCGGUUCCAGUCUUUCACUUCAAUAUCUAAAAGGUGGGAAACUGCCGGACGUGUUAGGUGGUCGAGCGAUGCCCCUUUAUGUGCGCUGUCCAAUUUGCCAAAAGGAAUUCAAACAAAAGUCAACGUUGCUUCAACAUGGCUGCAUUCAUAUAGAAUCACGGCCAUACCCGUGUCCGGAGUGUGGUAAGCGUUUCCGUCAGCAGUCACAUCUAACGCAACAUCUGCGCAUUCACACAAAUGAAAAACCUUAUGGGUGUGUAUAUUGUCCCCGAUUUUUCCGGCAACGGACAAUACUGAAUCAGCAUCUCCGCAUACAUACAGGAGAGAAGCCGUACAAAUGUACACAGUGUGGAAAAGAUUUCAGGCAAAAGGCGAUACUCGAUCAACACACACGCACCCACCAGGGCGAUCGACCAUUCUGUUGCCCGAUGCCAAAUUGCCGGCGACGGUUCGCUACGGAACCGGAAGUCAAAAAACACAUCGACAACCACAUGAACCCGCAUGCGGCGAAGGCGCGACGGGCCGACGCUAAGACUCCGAGGCCGCUGCCGCCCGCGGCGGCUGUCGUGAAACCGGAGUUGUACUUCCCGCAGUGCUACGCGCCGCCGUUCCAGCAGUUCCCUGCGACGAGCGCGACCGAGUUCAAGCCGGCCGUAGGUCCGGGCUCGGCCGUGGCGUGCCUGCCCGCGCAGUGACCCGCGCCGCCGCGGUGGCCGCCCGCGCCCCCGCCGCCGCACACGCCGCACGCGCCGCACACUCCGCACCACGACCUCUACAUCGCCGAUCGCCUCUACAACUAGGAGAGCCGGCCUCGACCGGCGGCACGUGACGUGCGUUCCGUUCGGUUGCGGAAACUUAAGUAUACGACUCGCCCGUGCGAGCUUAUGAGAUUGAAAUGUAAUCGUUAUCGGAUCGCUGUAAAACACGCUUCGAUCUGUAAAUAACCGAUAUCUUUAUACUCUAUCGAAGGUCUGUCGCGAAUGUACAGUUAAAGAGUAUGCACACCAUUAAUAGUGUUACCGUUCAAAAAAGCGAGUAUAGAUAGCAUUUUUGCCCCGUAAUAUUAAGUUACCACGUAAGAGUUAGGUUUCUCGGUGAUUCUUCUGUCGAUACGGUCGAAACGUCCGUCAAUAUCUAAGCGGAUCGAACCAGAGAUUAGAUUUAAAAAGUCUUCGUUGAAAUAUAAAGAAAUAAGAUUUGCUCUUUUACCACAUUACAACAAGUAUUUCGCGAUGAAUGCUUCGGUACAUAGUUGUGCCUAUUUGUAAUAAAUAUAUGUAUACAUAUUUUUUUAGAUAUUAUGUUAACUUUAUUUAGGAAUGUUAGGGUAAAAUAUCUGGCAGAGGUGUGGAAAUUGUAUAAACGAUGCUCAAAAUUUCAUUUAAGUUCUAAUCUAGUUAAUAAAUUUUCGCGUAAAAAUUUGAGCCAAAAUUAAAUAAAAUUUCUUGCAGAGAAAAAUGUUUAAAAUUAACGACAGCUACGAAGCAAGAAUACGAACCAAAAACGUAGGUUACCUUUUGCCAUCAAUACAUAUUUGUUUAUUAGUACUUACAAAAUAUUCUGUUACUUUUAAUGGAUGCAUUUACUGUUGAAGUAGAUGAGUUUAAAUGUACGUAUCACGUGACAUUGUAGGUGCCAAAUAACGUAACUUUUGAUUUUUUUUCCAUCAGCAUACUUAAUAGGCCUAGUAUAGGUUGUUACCAGUUUUUUCAACGAUAUGACAAUUUGAGAUGCAUUUACGUGGAAGUGGAAAGGGUCAGACUGAGAAAGGACUGUGAUAGCUAGGUAGGAUAGGCGUCUAUGUCGCUCACUUAGCAUGUAAUUCGUGUACUUUGACGAAACGUGAUUGUGAAUCCCUUUUUGAGUCGAUCGGAAGUUUUGAAUUAACCUUUUCGUUCCUCUUCGUUUCUAUAUUAUUUUUAAUUUUUAAAUCGACUCAAAUUGCCAAACCUUUUUAUUCCUCGAUAAAUCGAAAUUUUUAAACUUGUUUACAGCCGACCGUGCGCCUGCGCCGGUGCGUGCUUGACUGAUUCGAUAAAGUAAUCACAAGAGUGAGAUUAGCGAAUUUUACCAUUUAGGUAAUGUGUGUGAUGUGGAAAUAUGAUGAUGAUGAUGAUGGCUUCGGAAGGAUGGUAUGCCAGAGAAACGUUUUACUUAAUUUUAGCUUAGACUACUGUCUUUCGAAUUACCAAGCAAUUCGACCACCAUUCAUCGCGAAAUAAACUUAAUAUUUAAGAAGAUUAAAGAUAUAUAUGAAUUUGUAAAGCCGUUGAAGUAUCUUGGUACCGACCGAGAGCUCGGUCACGUCGCGUCCACAAUAGAUACAGUUAGACUUAGAACUCCACAUUUAUUUCAAUGCAGAUGACAGUAUAAUAUUAUAAUUUUUGAUCGAAGUGGUGAUAUAUCUAAUAUAUCAGCUUUGUUAUGGUACUUGAAACGUCGUUGUUAAUCACUCCUUCGUCGAGUCUCAGUGACUAUAAACUGUGAUACGGUAUUAGGAUAUUUCGACGGACCCUUAAACGUUUUAUCAUCUCUGUUUGUAUCUAUAGACGACUUAUAUAGCUUAUUUUACGAUAUUAUUGUGAUGGUUUCGUUUUCCUACCGCAUAAGGAAUGUUACGUAUUAACUAGUAGUGUAAUAUAGUGCAAGUGGGAUUAUUGGAGUCACACUCGGAAAAAUUAUGAUUUGUCACUAAACAAAGUGAUCAACGCAAUAUUAUUUUAAGUGGAUUCUGUGAAUUAAAUUCUUGACAAAUUAUCGCAUUGGACAGUUAUGAAAAAAUUUGAUGCUGGACAGUUUUGAAGGCCAACUUUUUCACCGCCUGCCAUAAUUUGUAAUUUAACUGACCGAUUGAUUAUUUAUUGAUUAUUAUUUCUUACCUAUAAAGUUGAUUAGUAAAUGUGAAAUACUUUGACUUGAAUUAACGUUUGAGUUUAUUUUUAUUUUAAAUUAACUGUUUAUCUGAAUAUCUCAUCUCAGCUUAUCGGAUGAAUAUCUAAAAAAAAAGUUGGCUUUAAAACUGGACAGCGAUACCGUCAUACUUUUGUUUCUGAUUGAGUUUCCUAUCAAACUUUUGGAGGUUUACAAAUGAAAAAAACACCACUCUCGAAGAAAAUUUGACAACAGUUAUCUUCCGUGACUAGAAUUUUCCACAGCAUUGAAUGUGAUCCUCCUAAGGACCCGUGUACCGCUCCCGAGGUGUACACAUACAAUAGUCUAGGAUGAGUUCUAAAAGGUAGAUUUUAUUCUCUGACCGCGUACAACUUGUAUUCGUCGAAGGCCAUCUUUAUAAAAAGUUUACCAGCUUAUAAAAAUAUCUGAUUUAUAAAUAAUCUAUGACAAAAAAAUGAUAACUUCCACGAGUAUAACAGCCACUUACGACGCGGUCAGAUAAAAAAAAUUGAACCUUAAAUAUUUUAAUUAUACCUACAACAAUACAGCAGCCUUAACAAUAAUAGCUAUAAGUAUUUUUAUACAGUUUACGGUUAAUAUUUCUGUUAUAGCCGUCGGGAGCGGCGCUCGGGCCGUAGCAAGUUUGAAUACAAACAUACAAUACAGUGCCAUAGCCGUGAAAUAACCUCAAAUUUAUACUUAUUAGAUUUUUAUACCGAUACAAAUGGAUUUAAUUUUUAAAUAUAAACAAAAGUGAUUAAGUAUACAGAGAUUAAAGAUGAUAUUUUAUACAUUUAUUACAAACAAUAUUAUUAAAGGUAAAUGUGGAAUAGACUUAAAUUAUAGUGUCGUAUUGCAACGUGCUAAGUACCUAAGUAUCUUGAGAAACAGGUUUUUAUAAGUUACGAGAGACGAGUGGUGGAAAAUUGAUUUAAACAAUAUUAAAAUAUGGUCAAUUUUUCGCAACUUUUCAUGUGUCUCAUAAAAUAGGGUACGUUGAUUUAAUGGUUCUAGUGACGUUAAUUUUUCAGCGUGGUUAUUGUAAAUACAUAUCACAAAACAGGCAGUGUUGCUAGCUCAAAAAAUCUUAUUCUGGUUUCUAAUAAAAAUAUGACUUGUAACGGGCAAUUGUCAUUAUCAAAUCAUUACAUUAACCUUAAAAACCAGAAUAGGUAUUUAAGAAUGAAUGUCACGACUUUUAUGAAAAUUCUUAAUCCAAACUGUUCUGUUAAUAUUGCUCACUGUUUCGUUACGUUUUGCUCAAUUACUCGUGUAUGUAUACCUACCGUUAUUUGCCUUAGUUUAUAUGUCAUUUAUGUAUCAUUAAUUUUUUUGUAUAAUACGUAUUAGAGAGCACGGUUUUGCUUUUCUUAUAAUACUACUUGUUAAGAGCUUGAGUUAUUCCUGUCAGUGACAGUCUUAUUCUGUAGCAAAAUUUAAAAUGGUAUUUUUUUAAAUCGAUAAAAACAGAAUCAAAAAAAUAGUUGGCAGUUGACGUCAGUCAAAGACUGCAUUCGAGAAAAUAAAAUUUGCUGUGUUGAAUUACGUAUCUGCCGUCCGAUUUUUUUUUUGUCGAGAGCUCGAUCAUUUUUCAUUUGCUUUAAAAUUAGCUUAUCUUAUAUUAUGCUACAGCCGAUUCCACUGACGUUUAGUUAGGUUCGUACCAUGUUCCUAGCGUUAAAGUACGUAUUGUUUAUUUACAACUCCGAACGCCUACUUUAAAAGGCGUUCAAGUUUUAAUAACAGCGGUUCUGUUAUAUCGUAUUUUCAUCGCUAAUCUGUUUAUUUAACAAGGAAUUAAAUUCCAUUAAUUUUCUAUAUAAACCUGCUUAAUAAAAUGUAAUAUUUUAAAAACUUCUUCAAACUUUACGCAAUUUAACAUUUUAAUAUAGUCGAGUGAUACCCAAUUAUUUGUAUACUUAUUUUAAGUUGUUAACGAUAAAAAGGAGAGAAUAAGAUUGCAUUGUGAAAUUAUACUUUGCAUAAAUACUUAUUAUAUUAUCAAGAGAGCGUCAAUUGUAUUAAAUACAAUGUUUAAGUAAAAAUAACCAGUGCUAAGCUUAAUUUAGUUAAGAAUAUAUGACUUGGAACGCAUUAGUAGCGAGAUGUUGUUUUAAAACUAGUUGGCCGCCAUAAUAUUAAUGAUGAUAUUUAUUACUUAAAAUAUAAGAAAAGAUCAUAAAAUCCAAUCAAAUUAAAAUAUAGUUUCGAGUGAUCUUUAAAUAUUUUCAUUCAAAAAAUAAUAUAAUGUAAGGUGUAAAAUGGUGGCCGGCUAGUUAAAUUUCCUUCGAAAUAAUUAAAAUGCAUUUAUUAGUGAUCUCAGGCAUUGAAAAUCUAUUACUGUAAGAUUUGGCAAAUGUAAAAUUAAGAAUUCGUUUCCGAAGUUUUUGUAGCGUUUAUUUUUUAAUAGUAAAAAAUAUUUAAAGUGCCGCUGCUGAUACAUCUUAGUACCAAUCUUUCGGAUAAAACGAAAUAUUAUAUAAAACUGUAACACAAGCAGCCUAAUAAUAAGGAUUGGUUUCCAUUGAAUGCAGCCAUUUUUAAUCCUGCAUUUAGAAAUUUAAUAUUCAAUCACUCAUCUUAUUCGAUAUAAUUUUUAUUUUCAAUAAUUAUAUUUGUAUAUAAAACUGCAUGCAGAUAUAAAAAUGGUUUAUGUCAUUAACAUCAGCAAUAACAAAUAUAUAGAAUAAGUUUUAAUUUUUACCCACCCUUUCAUCGAGAGUCUAUUUUGCGAGUUUGGGUAUUUCAACAUGGCGGAAUAUUUUUUAAAUUAAGCACAUUUUAUCACGUGGUUUUGUCGAUUAUUAAAUCGAAUGUAAUUUCAAUUAUAUACAAUAUUAUAUUAUAUAAUUGUACCAACCACACGUAGUGAAAUAUAUGGAAUGUAUUUUUUUUUUUGAUAGUUGGCUACGAAUUAUUUAAUCGUCUUCCAUUUUUAAAGUAGUUUUAUGUAUUAUAGCGUUUUAUAAUCUGUUUCGCUUGUUUAUCGAUUAUAGUUUGGACUUCUGGUUAUCUGCACAGCAUAGUUUUAAAAGGAAUUAUUCCGGAUUAGUGCAAUACACGUUUAUUUCAGCGUUAUUUUGUGUAUUUAAAAAAAAACUUUUAUUAUUAUUUGCGUAGAUUUAAAUGUAGGUCCACGAAUAAUUGGUAGCCAACAUGGAUGGCCUAUAAUUUUAUAAAUCGGGUGCAACCUGCGUCAAGCUUACACUGCCACACUCGCCAACCGCUGUCACAUACAUAUAUUAUUAAAAAUAAUUAAUUUCUAUCACAAUAGAGACUUGUUGAAACAGUUCCACGAUAAAAUAAGAGUUGUUGAAUUUUUUAUAAAAGAUAAAACAUAUUAGAUAUAUGAUCUUGUAGUCUGGAUUGAGUUUUUUUAACAGAUUUUAUUAGAUUCGACAUUCGUAAGAUACGUCGCCUAUUUAGCUUAUUUUUGCUACAAUACUUAUUUAAUACAAUAAAUGUUUACUUAUACCGAAUAGUACAAUAGAUAUACAGAUUUUACAAAAUAUACAAUACAUUUUUAUACAAUAAAGCCGUGAUAUAUUACAAAGAUUUUUUUUAUAAAAAGCGUAAUAGGCGGCGUAGCUUCAACGAUAUAUGGUUUCAGUGAAAUGGGUGCUGUUAUAUUAUUACUUGUACAUAUUUAUUAUAAUAUACAACAAUAGACUGGUAAUUUUACAAUGUUGUUAGGUUUCUACAGAUGUAUCCAAUGGGGCUGACGAGAUUUGAUUUGAAUUUACGAACGAAUACGAACAUUAUCAAAGUCACAGCAUGAUCGUCUUCCAUUCGUAUUACUUUUGUCAUUUACUUUGCGUUAGUUUUGCCUUUCUAUGAUCACAGAUUAACAAAUGAAUCGCAAAUUAAAUUCAUUAAUUCGUUGUAGCAAAUUGUAAUAUAUUUUGUUGAAUGUCAUAAGGAGCAUAUAAACUACGCGAGUUUUAAAUUUAGUUUUCGGAGGCCUAAAAAUCUUCUCUCGUCAGUCCCUCCACAUGUUACAAUAGAGUAUAUUUUCUUACAUACAAAUACACCGAAAUAGACUAUAUAAAAUUGAUUUUAGACAAUCCCAGAAUACAAGAUCGAACUUUUUACACACAACAGUUCAAAACAAUUUUUAAUUGAUUUCUCCAUACAUUAAGUUCUUUAAAACAGUUGGUUGCGACAUGGUCACAAAGAUCCAGGCGAAAAAUUUUACCGUUGGCAUAUAAAAUUAAAAUUAAAAUUGUAAAUAUUUUUUCUAGUUCUUCCAAAAUGAUAUCAGUAUUAAAUACAAAAUUCGACUUUGGUUAGAUCAAAAAUGUAUGUGUGAUCUAUAGGGAAUUUUGCAUUGUAUCUUGUCGAUGUAAUUUUCGUAAUAGUUAUUUUUUAAUUAUAUAUAUUUUUUCAUUAAGAUAUUUUUUAAAUGAAUUGUAACGAUCUUGCCUAGAUUUGCAUUUAUGUUAGUUACGUAUUAUACGUUUGAAGUUGAUACCAUCGUAUUUAUGUAUAUUAUUAUUAUUGUAUUAAGGGUUUUGUUUGUUUUUUUGUCAUUAAUAGAAGUAAAAUGUUGUAAAAAGUAAGCUCGUUGUAUUUUAUCAAAUAAACACUUUUUAGUCCAACUGAAGCAA